AUGGCCAACAGCAUCAACUUACAUGUUGCAAAUAUCAAUAGACAUGCCAUUUUCAAGGCAAAGUGGUGUCAGUUUAGCGAAGCUGGCUUACUGAAUGUCCUCAUCAAAUGCAUUGUUGCCAUUGUCAACUGGAUGACUGAUGUGUGGCUGCAAUUUGACGACAGCUUUCUCGACGAUAGUCUUGAAAAUGCCAGACUCUUCGAAGGCGCGGAUGACUGCCUGUCCAUUCAUGGCGGCUUGACGAUUGAUGCGUGGCUGCAAUUCGGCGACGACUUUCUCCAUGCCUGUCUUGAAAAUGUCAGACUUUUGAAAGGCGCUGAGGGCUGCCUGUUCGUAUAG